GUAGGUAUCAGGCCUCCCAUCAUGAACGGGCCCAUGCACCCGCGCCCCCUGGUGGCCCUGCUGGAUGGGCGUGACUGCACUGUGGAGAUGCCCAUCCUGAAAGACGUAGCAACUGUGGCCUUCUGUGAUGCUCAGUCCACACAGGAGAUUCACGAGAAGGUGCUGAAUGAAGCUGUAGGAGCUCUGAUGUACCACACCAUCACUUUGAUGAGAGAAGACCUGGAGAAGUUUAAAGCUCUGCGUAUAAUCGUCCGCAUCGGCAGCGGCUACGACAACAUUGACAUCAAAUCUGCCGGGGAGCUGGGCAUCGCUGUAUGUAAUAUGCCAGCAGCCUCCGUGGAGGAGACGGCAGACUCCACACUGUGCCACAUCCUCACAUUGUACCGACGCACCACCUGGCUGCAUCAGGCUCUGCGGGAGGGCACACGGGUUCAGAGCGUGGAGCAGAUCAGAGAGGUGGCCUCAGGUGCAGCGAGGAUCAGAGGAGAGACGCUGGGGCUCAUAGGACUCGGUCGAGUGGGCCAGGCUGUAGCGCUGCGAGCGAAGGCUUUUGGCUUCAAUGUGAUUUUCUAUGACCCUUAUUUGGCUGACGGAGUAGAAAGAUCCCUGGGACUACAAAGGGUCACCACGCUACAGGACCUGCUCUUCCACUCGGACUGUGUGUCUCUGCACUGCAGCCUGAACGAACACAACCACCACCUGAUCAACGACUUCACCAUCAAACAGAUGCGUCAGGGGGCGUUCCUGGUAAACACAGCCAGGGGGGGUUUGGUAGAUGAGAAGGCCCUGGCUCAAGCUUUGAAGGAGGGGAGGAUACGUGGAGCGGCUCUGGAUGUUCAUGAGACCGAGCCUUUCAGUUUCAGUCAGGGUCCACUGAAGGAUGCCCCCAAUCUGAUCUGCACUCCACACGCUGCCUGGUACAGUGAACAGGCAUCGUUGGAAAUGCGAGAGGAGGCAGCCAGGGAGAUCCGGAGGGCUGUCACAGGUCGUAUUCCAGACAGUCUGAAGAACUGUGUGAAUAAGGAGUUCCUCACCCAGAACAACCACUGGACAGGAGUUGACCCAUCUACCGUCCACCCCGAGCUGAACGGGGCUUAUAGGUAUCCCCCCGGGGUUGUCAGUUUGCCAGCAGGGGGGCUCCCGCCUCCAGUUGAAGGCAUUGUGCCCAGCGCCGUGCCCAUCACACACACCCUCCCGCCCGCUGUUACACAUCCUCCCCAUGCUCCAUCUCCUGGACAAAACACAGUAAAGCCACCAGAGAGCGACAGAGAGCAGCAUCCGAAUGACCAACUGUAGCCACACAUACACAAACAAACAUACACACACACACACACACACAAACACACACACGCUUGCCCGUGUUGUCUGGCAGCUGGAGGAGGUCGGCAUGGCAACUGGUGUCAAAGCGGUAAGUUCCCUAGCGACAUGUUGUUAUCAGACGGGUUCACCGAGCGUCAGAUCAACAGGAUGAGGUCCCCAAAAACAAUCGAUUCACAACUCUCUGGCAAAUGGUUCCCAGCAGCCUGUUCACACUCCAAAGAGGAAGAAGAGGAGGAUGGUGAUGAUAAAGAGGAUCAGGAGUGGAUAACUUUCAAAUGCUCUAAUUUAAGUUCAAGACAGUUUACCUCUGCCCCACACAAGUCCUAAAAAAAGACUGUAAAACUCUCGGUCUGCACAUCGAUUUUUUGAAUAGUUUCCUCUGCCAGAAGUAAAAAAAAAAAAAGAAAAAGAAAACAACCAUCUCUUGAUUUGGAAAGAAAAAAUACUGAAUCCAAUUCUGCUGUCAUAGACUGUAGUGUGUCCAAAGUUAGAGGAGCAUCUUUCAUGUCUUUAUCUCCUUUUUCUGUGUCUUUUCCUUAGUUUGAUGUACAAGCAAAAGUAGUAGGUUAUAAAAUGAAUGUAACCUGUCUGUGUACAGUUUUUAGACUCGCAGCAAGAAGAUGCUGAUAUUUGUAUUCCAGUCUUACACAAAAACAAGAGUUCUGUGAUCUCUCUAUGUAGCCAAACUGGUUUGAGAAUACAAUAUCUGUUUGUCUGUUUUAUCUUCAACAUGUCCCCAGAUUAACAAGCCCCCCAAAAAGAGGCAGCUUUUUGCACACCAUCUCAGGAAAUUAAGUUUCCGCAGUUGGUAUGUUUCUAUAUAUUUUUGUUUUAAAAAUCCAUUUUUAUGCCACUUAGUGCUUUCGUGUCCCACUACAUUAGAAAAAGACCUUAAAUAAGAGCUAAAGUUGAUCUAAUGUUUGCUUUUCUUUGUCAUGUUAAGGGGGCAUGUGAUUUUGCUCUUGGACUUGUGUAAAUGUUUGACCCAAAUGGAGGUGGUUGUGGGAGGAACGGCUGUAGGACGGUGGCAAAAUGGUAUGCUUGGCUAGAGCGACUUUAUCUGCAGCAAGAUCGAGUGGUUUAUGUGAAUUACUGUAUGAUAAAGCAAGUCGUCCAUGAGGUGAUUUUCAUAACAUGUACUUAUCUUCGUCUUCUCCAUGUGCAAUGAUCCAGUACUUCCACUACCAAUCACAGAAAUUGUUCGGCUCGUGGAGCGUGAACAGUUGAGCACACAGAGGUUUACAAAAGAUGCACAACAUUGAUGAAUAAGUAUGUUGCUUCUUGCUGCUAAAUAAAUAUUUUAGAGAGGUUGUCCUUUCAGCUCUUCUCAGCCAAGAGACCUGUGAAAAACUCAAAGAAACUCAAAUUAUAUUGCUUUCUGACAAAACCAUUUUUGUUCCCAUUCGAAGUUAAAUUCACUUGUACAGAGGUCACAUCCAGUUCAAGACAGUUGAGGAACAGUUGUGUGGGUGAAGUUAGGUCUAACCAAAUGUUCUUGUUUCUGUUCCACGUUGAGCUUUUACAGAUUUAAAAAAAAAUGCUUUAUGGCUUGUCAUUUUAAACGGCUUUCUAAAAUAGGAACCUGCUUGUGCAAACAAAAAAAAAGUAUGGUUUUAUAGAAAUGUGAGAGACAUCAUAUAUGCACAGUGAAGUACAGAUGUUUAAUGGUAGCAUGUCAGAAUGUAUGGAUUGCUCCAGUAUAGAAUCCCUUUAACAUUUCACGAUGGCUCCUUCCUGAGUAUACCGUUUAGCCACCCUCUGUGGCCUCUGUGUCUAUGUGUACAUAUGGUGUUCUGCCUGCCUGUGUCAAUGUGACUUGGUUGUAUCUGUGUCUUAAAAAAAGCAGCACUGGGAGAAGGGGUGGUGGCAUCAUGAUAAAUACUGCCAUCUAAAUACACAACGAAAAAAUAAGUACGGUAGCAAACUGAGCCAGUAAUGCAAGUUCUUACUGGUUAGAUUCCCACAAAGAAAAGAAAAUAUCGGAAACCCUUCGCUAUGAGGAAUAUUUAUUACCAACUCCAGUUUGUUGAAGUUAGCAGGCAAGCUGAGUGAUGGUGCUUUCUCGAACCCCUUCUACCAGCAGCUGAGUAGUAAAACAGUUCACUGUUGCCCACCUGCUCGUCCUUACGGUGAGGUUAGCGUAGCGAUCAGGGAUGGAAAUUUCACUAGCCAUUUGUGAGGGUUUUGUAGCCCAGGCUAGGGUUGAGCUCUCACUGGCCUGAAUCUGAGCAGGGUGUCUAGUUCAUAGGGUACUGAUGAGACAGUCAAAGAUCACUGUCAGGCUAAAUCCCCCAAAUCCUCAGGGGAAUGCUGAAAUAUUAUGAACUUUACUCUUAAUCUUACCAGAUAACUGUCAUUACAUGGUGGAGAAACUUUGUGGUUACUUCCGAAUAUAAACUUUAAGCAUUCCUUAUCCAAACCGAUGGUUGCCACAAUUGAAAACAUGCUCCUUGAAAUUCCAUCCCUGAUAGUGACAUACAGUCCACUGUUGCCUACCUUGGUCCCUUUUAUGGUAAAGUAGUAGGCGUAGCAAUAUACAGUAUACAUAUUCUAUAUUCUACAGUAAAUAUCAUUAUUUUUGGUUAAAAUUGACAACCUGACAAAGAUAUGUUUGUGAGUGUAUGCAUUUGUAUGAAUUAUUUUAAAAGCAAAUAAACUGUGGA